CUCAAACAAACGUGGUUUUCACCACUGGUACUUUUCUUCGGUAACUAACUUCAAUCUCUAGUAGUUUAGAGGUACGAAUACCACUAUUCUAGAUUCAUACCACGUCAGUCAAAGAACUUAACCGCCGGCCCCCAUUUCACUAUAUUAGUUGAAAUGCAAGGGUUGUACAUGCUUUUUUCAUUAGAUUAUCUUUUUUCCUUUUUUCCUUUUUUCCUUUUUUCCUUUUCCUUUUCCUUUUCCUUUUUCUUUUUCUUUUUCCUUUUCCUUUUUCUUUUUCUUUUUCUAUUUCCUUUUCCUUUUCCUUUUCCUUUUCCUUUUCUUUUCUAUUCUUUUCUUUUCCUUUUUUGAGAAAAAGAAGGGUUUUAUAGUGAGAGAUGUAAUUGA